AUUACAGUGCAUCUCUACCGAUAACAUUGCCGGCGAAAAUGGAAGCGGAUCAAGCAGCAGCCAUCAAAGAAGCCGAAACGUGCAUUGACCUCUUGGUCAUCGUGCUGGACACGAAUCCUUCCCAGCACAUUGUGCGCCAGAACCCGCAGAACCUCACCCAAAUCCUGGAGGCGGUGAUUGCCUUCGGGAAUGCGCACCUCAUGCAAAAGGCCCAAAACAAAUUGGCUGUGUUAUCCUGCUCCCAUCAUGCCACAAACUUCCUGUAUCCUUUGCCCCGGCGACAAGUGGAAUUGCGCCAAGUGGAUGGUCAAUAUGAGGCCUUCAGUCUGGUGGAGAAGACAGUGAAACAGCAGCUGGGCAGCAUUUUGAUGAAUGCCCCACGACUUAGUGCUCCUUGUGAGAGUCUCCUGGCCGGCAGCAUGUCCAUGGCACUGUGCUAUAUAUCUAGGCUCCAAAGGAGUGUGGCACCUGGCGUCAAGAUGCACUCCCGCAUCCUCGUCCUGACCGGCAGCAAUGAGUGCGCUUCCCAGUACAUGACCUUCAUGAAUGUCUUCUUUACCGCCCAGAAACUGGGCAUUGUGAUAGACACCUGCGCCCUGGACAAGACACUCAGUUUGCUCCAGCAGGGCUGUGAUAUUACCGCCGGACAGUUCCUCAAGGUCACCCAAUUGGAUGGCCUGCUGCAGUACCUCCUGUGGGUCUUCCUGCCCGCCCCGCAAAUUCGUCACAAAUUGGUAUUGCCGCCACCGCCCAAAGUGGACUACCGGGCCUCCUGUUUCUGCCAUCGUGAGCUCAUCGACAUUGGCUAUGUCUGCUCGGUCUGUCUGUCCGUCUUCUGCAAAUACAGUCCAAUUUGCACCACUUGCCAUACAAUUUUCAAGAACCCCGGUCCUUUGCCAGUGAAAUCUAAAAAGAAAAAGAAAACGGACAAGCAAAUGUAAUUCUAGAAGUAGCAAAUACUGCUGGUUGAACGAAACAGUAUAUUCAAUAUAAAGGUACUUUUUAAUUUCUAA